AUUCACCACGUCACACUUGACGUCAGAGAGCUGAAGCGGCAGGAGGGAGCGGCUCUGGUAGAGAGAGCAUCACAGCCAGCAGGAGAGAGAGCGAGGCGCAGCACAGCGGACGGGUGGAUGAUUCAGACAGACAGUCAGGAUGCGUGAAUAUAAACUGGUUGUUUUAGGAUCAGGAGGCGUCGGGAAGUCAGCGCUGACGGUCCAGUUUGUUCAGGGAAUCUUUGUGGAGAAGUACGAUCCGACGAUAGAGGACUCCUACAGAAAGCAAGUGGAGGUGGACGGACAGCAGUGUAUGCUGGAGAUCCUGGACACAGCAGGAACAGAGCAGUUUACGGCCAUGAGGGACCUGUACAUGAAGAAUGGUCAGGGAUUUGCUCUGGUUUACUCCAUCACAGCCCAGUCCACCUUCAACGACCUCCAGGACCUGAGAGAGCAGAUCCUCAGAGUCAAGGACACCGAGGACGUCCCCAUGAUCCUGGUGGGAAACAAAUGCGACCUGGAGGUGGAGCGUGUUGUGGCCAAAGAGUCCGGCAUCGGCCUCGCCCGCCAGUGGAACUCCUGCGCCUUCCUGGAGACUUCGGCCAAGAGCAAGAUAAACGUCAACGAGAUCUUUUACGACCUCGUCCGGCAGAUCAACAGGAAGACUCCAGUUACAGGAGAUACUCGUAGAAAAACAAACUGCCAACUUCUCUAAUGAUAUACCCUCCUGUUCUCUUCCUCAGUUCUGACCUGACCGACAACCUUCAAACCGACCAAUCACAGAACAUCUUCCAGCUGGCCACGCCCCUUAACACAACCAGGACAUCAUCGAUAUCAGCCAUGGCUAAACCUCUGUUACCAUGACGACCACUUCCAAUCCCCACAGCAGAGACUGUUGCCUUGGAAACGUUAAAACCAAACAUCAGAUGACGAUGAUGGAGGAGGGCGGGCUGUCCAAACAACUGCCCAGAUUAAAACUUCAGUUCCCAUCAUGCUCUCUGCUGGGGGGGCUGAAUGCUUCUUGAUUUUUCCUUUUCUUCUUUUCUUUUGCUUUCGUUUUAAUUUCCAGCAGUCUGAAUCCAAUCGCAUGCAGCUUGUCCGUCGGCCAUGUUGGGGCUGCGGUUGCCCCGGUGACGGCUGUCUGUGUGUACUGCUCUGGUUAAACCUGUGGAUCCUUACAGUGAUUAUUAUUAUUAUUAUGGCAGUGCUUAUUAUAAUUCUGUGUAAAAAAAAAAAAAA